AUGAACGACAAAUCAGGUACAGAAAACGACAAAUCCGGAACAGAAAACGACAAAUCAGGUACAGAAAACGACAAAUCAGGUACAGAAAACGACAAAUCAGGUACAGAAAACGACAAAUCAGGUACAUUAAACUACAAAUCGGGUACAGAAAACGACAAAUCAGGUACAGAAAACUACAAAUCAGGUACAGAUAACGACAAAUCAGGUACAGAAAACUACAAAUCAGGUACAGAUAACGACAAAUCAGGUACAGAAAACGACAAAUCAGGUACAGAAAACGACAAAUCAGGUACAGAAAACGACAAAUCAGGUACAUUAAACUACAAAUCGGGUACAGAAAACGACAAAUCGGGUACAGAAAACUACAAAUCGGGUACAGAAAACGACAAAUCGGGUACAGAAAACUACAAAUCAGGUACAGAUAACGACAAAUCAGGUACAGAAAACGACAAAUCAGGUACAGAAAACGACAAAUCAGGUACAGAAAACGACAAAUCAGGUACAUAA